GAUUUAUUUUGGAAAUUAUCACCCUUUAUUGUCUGUUUCCUCCUUUGAUAGAUUUUGUUUUCUUCUUAUUAUUAUGAACAUAAUGCCAAAUGUGGUGGAGUUGCAACAUGAGGGGAAUGAUGUGGCAGAUAUAGAAGGGCAUUGGAGAAAGGAAGAAGAGAAUCUGAGGAGAAUGAUUACGAAAAUGCUGGUAGCCCUUAGCAUGGUGCCUGGACUGAAGGAUCACAAUUCAGGAGCCAUUAGCCUGGUGCCUGGAUGUGAGGAUCAGAAUUCAGGAGAGAAAGCAACGCAAAAAGAGGAAACUGACCCAUUUAUCUCAUGCUUGCAUGGAAGGAGAGAGAGAGAGAGAGGUGACAAAAAAGGCAUGAAAGGAGUGAGUUUGUGUUUGUGGUUGAGCCGUUUGGCUUAAAAUCGCGUAUCGUGUGAGCAAAGCUUAGUAUUAAUGAUCGUCAUUCUUCAGCAAAGGAGACCAAACAGUCUGUGUAUCAUGGAAAGAAAAGGAAUGGAUAGGCGGCAGAAGAAGAAGAGAGGAAGAGAAGGGAAAGACAAGACAGAACAAUAUUCCUUGGAGAAGAGUGCAAAGAGGCAGGAGGAUGGUCAUGAUGAUCGUGAUAGCAAUAUGAUCAGGUUGGAAGAUAAACCACCAUCAUUGCAUGUUUUUGAUUUCCCAUGGCUGAAAGAUGGUAUGAUAUCGGAAACAUGGGAAGAAGAGUGGAUUAAUAUUGAAGACUCAUUCUCAUCAUCUCUCAAAGAGAUGGAGAUGAAGAUGGAGAUGGAGAGAGUGGAAUAUUUAUGUGAGGAAUGUUUGUAUGAAAGUGCAGCCACUUGUGCAGCAUCCCUGGAAAAGCUUGAGGAGAUGAAUGGGUGGGACUGGGGAUUGGAUAUGGAGAGUGUGGAUAGCAUUUGGAACUACUUCCUCAACCAACCAUUAGAAGGAGGUGCAACUGCCUAAAUAACUAUUUAUCUCCUUUCUUUUUGUUUCCCUAACAUUAAUUUGUUUUAGGUAUACAACAUACAUACAAGAGGGAGAUAUAAAGCAAUGAUGUGAAAUUGCUGCCUAAUUUAUCCAAGUUUUUAUUAAAGAAAUCAAGGCUCCCACCU